GGGUAAUGAGUCAGUAUACAGUAUGCUAGAGAGAUAGUUCUUUGGAGACUAUUGUGACAAAUUAUUUGAGCUCCUGCGAACAAAGUUUCUACUUUCUUUGCACUGUUUUUAUCUUUCAAAUAUGGUUCUCAUAACUGGAAAAUAUUUGCACGAGCGCAAUGAAAACAUAGAUGAAUAUUUUAAAUCUUUGGGGGUUCCGUAUUUGGCAAGAAAAAUGAUGGCAGUUUCACACCCAACUCUGGAAAUAUCCAACGAAGGGGAUAAAUGGACGAUGAAAAACGUUACGUUAAUUAGUACUCAAGAAGUAACUUUUUGUCUGGGAGAAGAGUACGAAGAAGUUUUGCCAUCUGGAGAUAAAUUACGAAGCAUUACAACAUUGGAUGGAAAUACCCUUGUAACAAUCUCAAGGUAUGAAGAAGGUAAUAAAAUUACACGAAGAUACGAUUUUGAUGAAGCUGGAAUAACAUUGACAAUGUCACACGAGCGGAGCAACCAAAUUGGAAAAAGGUUCUAUAAGCGCAGCCUCUGAAUCCAAUGAAUUGCAGAAACUUUUUUUAGAGAGUUAAAUAAAUAUUUAACAUAUCAUUACCGUUUUAACCCAAUAUGUAAAUUAUGAUUUGAAUUGUACGAAACGCAACAUAAGUGAAAAAAUAUCAAUUAAAAUUUCAAUAGGAGAAAAAAACUGUACUCACUGUUGAUCAAGGUA